GAGUAUAUCCAGUCGAUUGUAUUACAACUCAUGCCAUAAGUGCCACCCGCAUUUCCCACGGAGGCCAUGUAAGGGCGAUCACUUUCUAUUCCGAAACCUAUAUACGUCCUUCCGUGCUGCACCCGAGGCUGCCAAAUCAGCCGAGAAACUCUUCGAGGCUAGGCUCCUUUCUCGAUGCCACUACGGAUUCGUACAUGUGUAAUUACGUAGCACAUAUCCUCUACGGAUCCGUCGUGCAAGGCCAACGAAAAGUGUUCUACUGUGGCCGACACGAUUGACGUUGGCUUGCGCCUUACCAAGAUGUAGGUACAGAUCCCAGACCUGUUGUUACAGAAUGAGCUCUGUUUGUUGGUUGAUUGGUUGAUUAAAUGAUCGAAUUACGUGCACCUGGCUUCCUGGUGCUCCUCUUUUGCUUAGUACUUGACACCCUCUCACUGCCUGGCACAGAUUCCAAAGGCUCCUUGCCCCAGCCCCCCAGUCCAGCAGCGCCACCCAACAAGGGUGUACAUAUGUGCGGAUCCGGUGUUUGCCCCCUCCCAGUCCAGUCCCCCUCGUCGCGUCUACACCUCGAACGCCUCACCCUUGGCCUGGACUCUUUUGCCGCCGACCUUGGUGAUCGUGCGUCUCAGCAUUCCCUCGCCUAUCUCCUACAAUCACUUCUUAUCGCUCUCAUAGACUGGGCUGCGCAUCAUUCAUUAUUCUUGCCCGCUAGAGGUGCUGGAUCUUCUGCGUCGGCAAGCGCAUCGUCACGCUACGCAACAACGACGCUGUUGCAUAUAGCCCUUGUCUUUGUCGCGUCGGUACGGACCCGUGCCUUGCAGACCUUGAGCAUUCCCACUUCCAGCACCCCGAUUAGAGGACCGCCAUACCGAGUAAGAGCAUAUAUGGAAGAAGCACGUACUCGCCUUGCUGCGCUCGUAAGAAACCACGCCAGAAUGUCCACCGCCACAAUGACCGCCACCACGACGCAUCAAGAAGAGACGAAGCCCUCCAAGCGACCACCCCUCCGCCCUCACACCGUUCCAGAACCGGGCUCGUUAUGGGAUAUCAUGCACGACCAUCAGGGCACCUCGCUCUAUGUCCUGCCCAUCUGCUGGACUGACCUGCACACCCGAUUGCUGGGUUGUCGCUUCGUUCAACAGCAGCCUCAAACCACCCCCGUACCCUCGACCUCCUCGUCACCUCGGAGGUCGCAGCGCACGUCGUCGACCGUUGUCGGCAUCGGAAGGGACCUGGAAUCCCUCAUGUCCAGGGAUUCCCCACGCAACAUCCUGACCAAGACCCGAGCUCUGAGGAGUAUCAUUUCCACUCUGUUCCCUACCCAUCUCGGCAAGGCCAAGUCGAACACGGAACUGAGUCUGAGAUUCGGAAAUCGCAUUUACCACAAGGCAACUCGCGCUCAGGUAAUAUGGAAGCACCAUGACGCAUCCAUGUCCUUUGACUCGGCCACCACCUGGACUUCUAGUAGAUCUACCAGCCAGCUCAUGGCCUCAAUGAACGUCAAUAUUGCUGGUGAUGCACCCGUACUCGCCUACGUCAGCAGAAGCAAUCUCAACCACGUCAGACACAACUGCUUCAGGAUAAUCCAGGGCCCCAACAGGACAUACAACGCACCCGUUCACCGCUUGCAGGCACUGCGAUCAAAGAAUUUGAUGCCGAGUAACCCGGACGAGGAUCCUCACUUUAUCGCCACCAUUAUUGCUAUGGCCCAACAGCAGGUUUACCAGGACGGCUUCAGGGAUUCUCAUUUCGCACCUAGAGAUGUCACGGUUCGCCUCUUCACCACGACAGAAGAAGAUGAGGCCUUCAUCAUUUACACUGCUACAGUUCCAGCCGCUUUCCUGAGCAUGUUCCAUGAGCCACACAAGGCACCCAAAGGCGACACGGAGGUCAAGAUCGAGCACACACACGUACCCGUAUGGCCCGUCCUAGGUCUCAAGGAGAGGCUGGCUCACGUCCUCGGUCCGGAUCUUGUUGGUGAUUUUGAUCCGCUCAAGAUCGACACGUUCCCAGAUGAGGAACAGGACAUUACGAGUAUCGCAGAGGUUGCAUCGCCGAAGCGCAGACGCGACGUUCUGUCAGAUGUUCUUAACACGAGCUUCUCCGAGGACCGGCCGUCAAAUACUCCAGACGAUAUCAAUGCGAUCGGCAAGCGGAGAUGUCUUGAAGGUAGGGUUGGCGUUGUGCGAUAG